UUCCAUUUUCUGCAUUCUGUAAAAUUCAGGAAACCUCAAUAAUCAGCCACCAUCUUUGACCAAAUCUUCAUAAGCACUCACAUCUCUACAGAUCCUAAUUCCUAAUACGUCUUGCCACACGCAUUGGUUAUGUAUUCUUUUAGUAAUAAUAUGUAUAUGUAUUUGUCAACAUAUGAGAAAAUAUACCUAAACAUGUCUAUAAAAGGUAAGAUCCAAAACCAUAUAUGACCUACACACUCUCUUAAUUAUCUUUGCAACUCCCACUAAAAAUGCUGCUUCUGCUGCUCUUCCUCUCACUCCCUCCACUCUCAGCAGCACAACUCUGCCACCCCAACGACUUAGCCGCACUCUUAGCAUUCAAAAACAGCUUCUCCAAUCCAAACUCCUCCCUCCCUUCAUGGGAUCCUCAAUUCCAUUGCUGCAACUGGUACGGCGUCGAGUGCAACGACACCACCAACCGCGUCCUUGGCCUCGACAUCGCCUCCGUUGAUCUCCACGGCACAAUCCCCCCUUCCCUCUCCAAACUCCACCACCUCCAGCGCCUCCGCCUCCACAAGCUCCCAAACCUCGUCGGCCCCAUCCCCCCGGAGCUCGGGCAGCUCCCCCUCCUCGGCUACCUAGUCAUAAGCUGGACUAACAUCUCAGGGCCCAUACCUAGUUUCCUCACCAAUCUCCGCAGCCUCAGCUACCUCAUCCUCUCCUUCAACCGCCUAUCCGGCCCCAUCCCGCCCUCCCUCCCGUCUCUCCCGUACCUCUACGCCAUUGAUCUCAGCCGCAACCUCCUCACCGGCCCAAUACCGGAAUCGUUCGGCCACUUUCUUCUCAGCACAGCACUGGACCUGUCCCACAACAUGCUCUCCGGCGACAUUCCGGCCUCUCUGGGCAAUGUCAACUUCUCGAGGAUUAAGUUGUCGAGAAAUAAGCUGUCGGGAGACGCGUCGGUGCUGUUCGGAAAGGAUAAGGUUGCCGACACCAUCGACAUCUCGAGGAACAGCUUCGAGUUUGAUUUCUCCAAGGUGGGAUUCAUGGAGUCGUUGGACGUGCUGGACAUAUCUCACAACAAGAUCUAUGGGAGCAUUCCGAAGCAGAUAACGGAGGCUGUGUAUUUGCAGUUUCUGAAUGUUAGUUAUAACAGAAUGUGUGGGGAGAUUCCGACAGGGUGGAAGUUGAAGUAUAGGUCUGAGAGUUGGGAUAAUUCGUCUUUCUUCCAUAACCGAUGCCUCUGUGGGGUUCCAUUGGAUCCGUGUAAAUGAUCACACUUUCUUACAAAUAAUAAUGGAGAACUUAAAAGAGUCCAAUA